ACUGCUUGAAGAGGACACAGGCCAUGCUGUCACCCUUGCUCCUGGUCCUACUGAGUUACCUGUGUGUCGCCCACACCUGUAGAAGAGGGGGUUAUCAGGAAUGUCAGGAGGCACCGUUUGUCCCCGGUCAUAACCUUGCUGGAGAGGGCUUUGACAUUGUUACGAUGCAGCGUAAGGGGGCAUACGUGCUGGAUCUCCAGACAUAUAUGAGAUCAGAUGAAACCUGCACAGUUUGUGAAAACCCUCUGCAGGACAAUCAGCUGCAAAAGAUCCCCCUGGCUAUGUUAGACUGGCGAGCUUUGACAUACUGCAAUCAGGAACUUUCUUCCACAUUGCUCAGCACAGCCACUAGUGUAGCAGAGAGCACCACCUCUAGGAUAGAGAAUGAUUGGACAGUGGGAUUAGAUUUGGCAAAUGACAGGGCAUAUAAGACUGUAGGGGGCAGCCGUGCCAGUGCUCCAGAAUAUGCUAGGAUACGGUCUAGCGUAGACAAAACAACCUUUGCUUCAAAUCAACUAGCAUGUGCUCACUACAGUUACCGGGUUUCAAACAAGCCCACUCUUGAUGAGGAGUUCAAAAGUCACAUUCAGUCUCUUCCAACAGAGUACACUGAUGACACGAAACACCUCUACCAUCGCUUCAUUGAGACAUACGGUACCCAUUCCAUUCAGAAGGCGAGUCUCGGAGGACGUCUGAGUCGUCUCACCUCCAUCCGCACAUGUCUGGUCACUGUUAAUGGUUACUCAGCUGUCCAGGCUCAGGACUGCAUCAAAACUGGACUUUCUAUUGGCUUAGGGUAUCUAGAUGCAUCAGCAACCACAAGUAAUUGCAGAUCCCUUUUACAAAAUGUGGACACUAAAGCCCAAUCUGGACUGUCUUACCUGAACCAUAUUACUGAGGUGAUAGGGGGUAAUAAGUGGCCUGGAGAGGUCUCUCUACACAAAAACGAUUCUACAGAGUUCCGAAGCUGGAUGGAGAGCCUAAAGAAGACCCCAGACCUUAUAUCUUAUUCUCUGCUUCCCCUUCAUGAGCUAGUUGUUAACGAGACCAUUAGCAAAAAUGUGAAGGAGGCAGUAAAGCGGUAUCUUAUAGACAAUGCUGUGCCUAAACAAAAUCCCCCUCAAAGGUGCACUGGCAAACCCAACCUCUCCAGUGAGUGCUGCCCUCUGUCCACAAAGAAGGGACAUCUCAUAGUAAGAAUCCACGCAGCAUGGCACCUGGGAUGUUGUAUGGAUCCAGUUGGCCAUCCUGAUCCCUACGUCAAGAUGGCGUUCUGGUACUGGCACCUUCAGACACACUUUAUUAAGGACACUGAACAUCCUCAAUGGAACGUUGAGUAUAAUCUUGGCCACAUCCAAGCGGAACAUUGGCUAAAUCUUGAGGUGUGGGACAAAGAUCUUCACCAUGAUGACCACCUUGGAUCUUGUGGCACCCAUCUAUAUGAGGGCCAUCGUCAAAAUAGUUGUCCUGUUAGAGCGGGAGUUUUCUCAUACUCUUAUGUCUUAACCUGUGACCCACACCUAACGGGUUAUCAGUGCUCUCGCUAUAAAGCAUACUGAAAAGAAACAACUGAGAGUAAUUAAAUCGACCACAACCAAUUUAUAUGGUUGUAAUCAAUCAUGGCUUGAAAGUAAUUAAUUGAUAAAUCUUCAAUAUAAAACAAAUCAUCCAGAGCAUUUACAGUAUUAUUCUGUGUGUGUGUGUGUGUGUGUGUGUGUGUGUGUGUGUGUGUGUGUGUGUGUGUGUGUGUGUGUGUGUGUGUGUGUGUGUGUGUGUGUGUGUGUGUGUUGUAUCUGUGAGAAAUUAUACUGUUUUAUGAGCCUAUCCACUUCUAUUCUAUUGGUCUUAACAAAUUGCUCCAAUGACUUUGAUGAUGUUUUCCUUUUUUUAAAUUACAUCAACCUGCCAAGGGACUUCAGGCGGAAAUCAGCAUGCACUGCUAUAACCUGGUACACACAUCAAUAAUGUUUAAUUUGUACAUCGUUCUUUAAAAAAAUAAAAUAAACUCUAUUGGACCUCAACAGCACAGGUCUUAACAAAACUUUGCAUUAUUGUAUUUAGUAGAAGAAAACAGGAACUGUAUUACAUGGUGCUUGCAUCGAAACCAGGGGAGAACUACUGUGUUUCAAGUAACUUUAAUGCUGAAUCUUUCAGUGAUGGGCAUGAUGAAUCCAUGUACACGCAGUGUAUAUACAAUACAGUGCAGCAACAAUGAGCUUUUGAAAAGAAACAUUCUGAACAACAUUUCAACACGCAAGUUAUUUCCAAAAUGUGCAUAGUAAGUUUAAUACAUCUGUGAAGCUUACCACAGAAAAGUAAGCUUAAUUAUACAACUUAAAUGACAAAUUCCUCCAUGUUUGUUAAUUUAUUUUGGUGCAAAAGGCUGACACUGUUGGUUGGUGGCUGUGUGUUGUGCCGCAGCUGUGAAACACUCUUGUUCAGUUGCUCACUUUUUGAGAGCUCAGAUCACAACAUAGAAAACCAGGGGGUGAGAAGCCACUAGUUACUAAUUUUUGCCAAAAAUGUAAUAAACGCAUACACAUUGGUUCAUCAUUACAGAGAGAGUAUUUGUUAUGUUCUUUUUAAAGCGAUAACUUCUUUGUUAAGUUAUAAAGUAUUGGCAUCCUAGAUCUUGAGGUAAUUUGCUCUUCUUAAGAGAUCAAAUCAACAUUAGUUUUCCUGCAGACCUACGAGUGUUUCCCAGACCAAGCAGGUCAGCCAGGAGGAUCACCUGAUAUUUUUUUGUUUUGUUUUUAGAACAUUUGUUAGAAUAUAGUGGGGGGAUUCGUCUCCAAUGAGUACGUAGAAGGAGUGUAUCACUAUUCAGCAAUAAUGUUAAAAAUGUUAAAAACUACUAUUAAACUAUUCCUCUUUACAGGCAGUGAAGGCAUGUUAGCCACCUGUUCAUUUCCCACAUCAGACCCAAAGGUCACAAAUCCAGCUAUCUAUAAAACUUGUUGUGGCUAGUCUGACUAUGUUUGAUGCAAAAUAUUUUGAUCACACUGAAUGAGACCAGGGCAUCUGUUUAACUGACCUCAAUUCUCCAGUAUAAAUGAGGAGACCGACUUUUCCAAAACAUCCAAUCCUACGAGCAAUCUAGACAAGCUGAUUACACUAACAUGCAGGGGUAUGUACUAAAAAUAUUUAUUUAGAAAUGUUCCCUUUGAUUUCAGUUGAAAUCUGACAGUUCUCUGUCUUUUCUUUCUA